AUGGGACUUGGCUUUAGUUGUCUCGGUGCUGGGGUAGCUUCGUGGGUUGUCUCGGCAGUUGCUUCUUGCUUUUCUGCUGCAGCGUGUAACCUAGCUUGUAAAUCAUGUAAUUGUAAUAAUUCAAUAGCAACCAGGAUAGGGUUUGCAAUUAUAUUACUAUUGAAUUCUAUGCUUGCAUGGAUUAUGUUAUCAGAUUGGGCCAUAAAGCAGUUAGAGAAGAUAACGUAUGAUUAUUUACAAUUGAAUUGUCAAGAGGGAACCUGUUAUGGAGUCUUUGCCGUCCACCGUAUUUGCUUUGCAUUAUCAUUUCUUCAUCUUAUUUUGGGACUUUUGGUAAUUGGAGUAAAGGAUACACGUGAUAGUAGAGCUGCGAUCCAGAAUGGAUGGUGGGGACCCAAAGUAUUGUUGUGGAUUAUUCUUAUAAUAGCAUCAUUUUUCAUUCCAAAUCAAUUCUUCAUAUUCUGGAGCAAUUAUAUUGCCUUGAUCGGGGCAACUUUAUUUAUUCUAGUUGGUUUAGUCCUUUUAGUUGAUUUUGCUCACACAUGGAGUGAAACUUGUAUAAUGAGAUGGGAGGAGACUGAUAGUGACAAAUGGAAAUAUAUUCUUAUCUGGUCUACAAUUACCAUGUUCUUGGCUUCAAUUGUGCUUACAGGAAUCAUGUAUGGCUUUUUUGGUGGAUCUGGAUGUGGCCUGAACCAGUUUUUUAUCACUUUCAACCUUAUAUUGUGUAUAAUUGUGACAUUCUUGAGUAUUGCUCCUGCUGUACAAGAAGCUAAUUCUCACUCGGGAUUAUCACAAGCUUCCAUGGUGGUUAUUUAUUGUACGUAUAUUAUUUUAAGCUCAGUUGCUAAUGAACCUGACGAUAAUAUGUGCAAUCCAUGGAUAAGAAGUCGUAACACGCGUACGGCUACUAUCGUUAUCGGAGCUUUAUUUACAUUCUUGGCGAUUGCAUAUUCAACCUCAAGGGCUGCAACUCAAAGUAAGACAUCGAUUACAUAA